UGUUUGCGGCGGGUUCUUCUCCGUAACAUUCAGAGCACUUCUUCAAUCAAUGGCGUCUCUCUCUGUCAAAUCAACACUACUUCAUCUUCAGCUUGCUUUCCUCCUCCUCGUAAUGGUAUCGUUUUGCAUGGUUGAUGAGGUUAGCGCGAGACCACGACAAAGAGAGUUCGAUUAUUUCAAGUUGGCUCUGCAAUGGCCUGGCACUUACUGCCAGCACACUCGCCAUUGCUGCUCCUCUAAUGCUUGCUGCCGAGGUUCAAAUGUUCCAACUGAAUUUACAAUCCAUGGGCUGUGGCCUGACUAUAACGAUGGAACCUGGCCUGCCUGUUGCAGGCGAUCGGAUUUUGAAGAAAAAGAGAUCUCAACAUUGCUUGAUGGUCUAAAGAAGUAUUGGCCAUCAUUAAGUUGUGGUUCAUCGUCAACUUGUCAUGGUACAAAAGGAUCAUUUUGGGCACAUGAGUGGGAGAAGCAUGGGACUUGCUCCUCUCCAGUUGUCCAAGACGAAUACAGUUAUUUUGUAACAGCCCUUAAUGUAUACUUUAAGUAUAAUGUCACGAAAGUACUGAAUGAAGCGGGAUAUAUUCCUUCAAAUACUGAAAAAUAUCCUCUUGGAGGUCUUGUCUCUGCCAUUGAGAAUGCUUUCCAUGCAACCCCAUCACUGGUUUGCUCAGAAGGUGCUGUACAGGAACUUUAUUUGUGCUUCUACAAGGAUUUCAAGCCUCGGGACUGUGUAGUUGGAUCAAUAAUUCAAGACGUAUAUUCCUCAAAAAGCUCAUGUCCAAUGUAUGUUAGCCUGCCGUUAUAUUUUUCAUCUGGCCUUGAUGUUGCUGAAACUGCAAUCUCAUGGAUACCAGAUAAUGAAGCUCUCUGAGAUCUUGGCAAAUGUUGUACACUUAUCCAAUAGUUGAUAGAUGUUGUCAUUAUUCACAACAUAUGAUGCCUCUGCAUAAUUAAUGUAUAUGUCAUUUAUUUGCAGAAUUGGACCUCUGUCUGGCAUGGCACACAGAGAUUCUUGGAUUUGGUUUUAUAAUUAAGUUCCUUAAAAUACAUUAGCAAACA